GGCUGGAGCGGGCCGAUGGCGUUCAGCGCCUGGCAGAUCCUCUCGCCGGUGCAGUGGGCCCGGUGGACCUGGUCUGCGGUGCGGGGCGGCGGCAGCCCCGAGGGGGAGGACGGCGGGGCGGCGGCGGAGGACUCGCUGGCGGAGGGCACGGCCCUCGGCUUCAGCUCGGACUCGGAAGGUAAUUUUGAGACCCCUGAAGCAGAAACGCCGACCUGCUCGCCACUAAAGGAGUUCUGUGAGCCACCACCGGGACCACUGGAACCCGAGGCCAGGAGCCAAGGGCAAAGUGGCCAUGGUGACCUGCUGGUAGGAGGAGCCCACCAGGACAUCUCACCCGAGAAGCACCCCAAAAAUGAGGCUCAACCAGAGAUCAGAGCCCCCAAAGGCAAUUCGGAGCCCAAAGGGGAAUCCAGCCCCAAAGACUCGUCCCUGACACAGCCCCUGGCAGUGCUGGGCAGUGGGGCUGGCACUGGCAGUGCCACUGUGCCCACUGCAGAGGUGACCCCAGUGCCCCAUGCGGGCAGAGCUACCCAGGAGCAGGACAUGUUGGGAGAGAACCCAGUGGACACCAGCACGGGGCUGGCAGAGCUGGAAGCUGAUGUCCUGGCCAAGGACCAGGGCCAGCUCGGGAAGGAGAAGCCACCUCCAGUGGGGGGCAAAGCAGGAGAAGGCACAGAGGAGCCCCCAGUGCCCCAAGCAUCCUAUGGGUUUGACCCCGAGCAGUACAACGAGAGCAUAAACCCCUUUGUGGCAGGAGGCUGCCGGCUGCAGAGCUCCCCCCCAGCAUCCCCACGCCACCUCCCCCAUCCCGGAUGCAGCCCUGGUGACCCGGGGAGAGAUCUGGACCCCGAGCCCAAAGGGCAGGUCCCAAAACCAGAGGUUGAGUGUGUGGAGGGGGGAGAGAGUAUGGAGGCCAAGAGAGCAGCACCCAGGAAGGGCAGCAGGAUCCCAGCCAGCAAGGUGACACCGAAGAGACACCGAGAGUCCCCCAAGAAACAAUCCGAGGAGGGGGAGAGGGGUCCCAUGGAGCCAUCACCUCCCCAGGGCCCCCCCGUCCCGGUUCCACACUGGGACAGCUCCGGGCUCGGCUCAGCGCUGCAGAACUCCCCAGCUCUCCCCAAGGGCUCUUACCAGUUCGACCCCAAUGACUUGGACUCCGUGGAUCCCUUUAAGCCCACCAAGACCCUCGCCAGCUCCUGCCCCACUGCUGACAACAGCCUCAACAAAACCCUGGAGUCUCAGCCCCUGGAGGUACAGGAGGAGCUGGUGAGAGGCAGAGACUCCCCGAAGAAGCCCAAGUCCCGCCUGAUAACGAGUGGCUGCAAGGUGAAGCCGUAUGAGACGCAGUCCCUGGUCCUGGAUGUUUGUGCUCAGGAUGAGGGAGCGUUGAUCUCAGAAAUCCCAGAUCUUGCGAAUCGGGAUGGACGUGCCACUGAUGAGGAGAAGUUAGCCUGCACCACCUCUGCACAGAAACCCGUGGGGCUGGAGAAGAAGGGGGAGCCAGAAGAUGACCUGGAGUACUUCGAGUGCUCCAACGUCCCCGUGCCAGGGAAGCCCGGCGUGGAUGCAGGCUUUGAAAAGGAGAUCUGCAAGCAGAUGGAAAAGGAUGAGCCUGGCACCCACCCUGGUAACCCUGGGCUGUGCUCUAUGGACAAGUCCCCCACAGCCAUCAGUGGUGUGAGCAGGAGUGAGAGUCCCCUGGAUGGCAUCUGCCUCAGUGAGUCUGAGAAGACAGCAGUGCUCACGCUCAUCAGAGAGGAGAUAAUCACAAAGGAGAUCGAAGCAAAUGAGUGGAAGAAGAAAUAUGAAGAGAGUCACCAGGAAGUGUUGGAGAUGAGGAAAAUCGUGGCUGAGUAUGAGAAGACCAUUGCCCAGAUGAUAGAGGACGAGCAGAGGACAAACAUGACAUCCCAGAAGAACCUGCAGCAGCUCACGAUGGAAAAGGAGCAGGCUCUGGCAGACCUCAACUCGGUGGAGAGGUCCCUGUCGGAUCUCUUCAGGAGAUAUGAAAACCUGAAGGGUGUCCUGGAAGGCUUUAAGAAGAACGAGGAAGCUCUGAAGAAGUGUGCUCAAGAUUAUUUAACCCGGGUCAAGCAGGAAGAGCAGCGGUAUCAGGCCCUGAAAGUCCACGCAGAGGAAAAACUGGACAAAGCCAAUGAGGAGAUCGCUCAGGUGCGCACCAAGGCGAAGGCAGAGAGCGCGGCGCUGCACGCGGGGCUGCGCAAGGAGCAGAUGAAGGUGGAGUCCCUGGAGAGAGCCCUCCAGCAGAAGAACCAGGAGAUUGAGGAGCUGACCAAGAUCUGUGACGAGCUGAUAGCGAAGCUGGGGAAGGCAGACUGAGCCCCCCCACCCCUGGUCCAACACGCUGCACUUGGCUGCUUUUCUUGUAACAUUGAGCACCUUGCCUUACCCCAGGACCCCCCAGCACCCCCAGCCCAGAAGCACACACAGCCAGCUGCCUGCUUCACUUGGCUGUGUCCCCACAGCCCCCGUGCUGAGCUGUCCCCACACUGUCCCUCUCUGUUUCCCAAGGGGCUGGGUCCCCCCUGGCCAUACUGUGUCCCUUGGGGUCAGCAGCAAGUGGCCCCCUCACCGUCUGCCUGCAUGGAUGUCACCUCUCAGCUGGGAGGUGACACCCCCAGGCUCUGUCCCCCUCGGCUGGGCUGGGUCUGGUCGUGCCCCUGCUCACUCUGUCACUGUCCUCAUGUGCUCCAUCACUCAGGUCCUGCCCCAGGAUGUGGGUGCUGCCAGGGUUGGAGCCCCUUGCAGGGGGACUGGGGACCUGGGAUGUGGGUGGGUGGGUGUGGAGGCACCAAAGGGGUCCAGGGGGGCCCCAGGGACCCCCCCCCCCAGAGGCUUCUGCAGGGGCUUUGUGGCCUCUGGCAUGGAUCCCCUGGGUGCAACAGCCCCCCCGUAGAUCAGUCGGUUUUGGGGGGGGCUGUGGUGUUGAAGGGGCUGGUGCCUGUCCCUGGUAUGUGGGUGAUCUGCAGCACGGGGUGUCCUUAUCCCUGCCUGUGCCAGCCUGGGAGGAAGGGAGCUGCAGUCUCUGCAUUCCUGCCCUUUAGAAGCAUUCAGGAGCAUCGUGCUCCCAGCUCUCUCCUCCACACCAGGCACUGUCCUGCUGAACCUCUUGAUCCCCUGGGAGCGUGGGGGGAGCCACAGAACCAGGGGUGACUUCAGUCCUCUGAAAGGAGAGCCUGGGCAGGGUGUGCAGGAGGUUCCUGCACUAGGAGAAACGUGGGAGGUGUUGGUUCUGGAGAGCUGGGAUGUGUCUGCAGCCUGGCACCUCCUGGGGCUGGUGCUGGGGGGGUUUCCACAGGCUGCUUCCCCAUUGCAGGGGGGUCAGUUCCCCACUUUGGGUGUUGCAGGAGGAAGGGAGCAAACCCUGAACCUGUGGUGGUUCUGCUGGGUGAAGGUUCUUCCCUGGGUAGUGCAGAGCAGCCAUGCACACUGCUCUCUGCUGCUGUCACAAGUACCCUCACAGCUCUGAAUAUUAAGAGAGGCAAACAAAAAGCAGCCUUUACAGGCAAAGGCAGAGCCAGACAGCAGUAAAAUACACUUUGAAAUCUGCCUGGAUGCAGCCCAAAAUCUGAGUUUCCCUGCAGGCAGCAGGGUCAGAGGUGUUCACAGCUCUGGGCAUGCCAAGAGCCACCAGAACUGCUGAGGUUGCCUCUCCAUGGCUGCAGUGGUGGAGGAUCCUUUGCUGUCACCUUAAAUGGGGACUUGUCAAGUGUCAAAUAAGGGAAAUAUUUGCUGCUUGGACUGUUUCCUACCCAGCCUAUCUAAGACUCGCAAACCUUUUUGCUGCUAUAUUUUAUAAAAGAAUGGAGCUGUUUUCCUUCUAUUUUCUAAUUCCCUGUGUGGAGCAUGCAGUGCAAACCUGCCGAGACCAGAGCCAUACACUUGAUAUAUAUUUUGUUAGUUAUAGUAUGUAUAGAGAGAGUUUAUUAAUGCAGUUAAGCAGACAAAGAUGCUGUCAGGCUGCCCCAGAUGCUGGGAGCCUGACCUGAGGCUUUGGAUUUGGUCUCUCUCGAGGUGUCCUGGCCGUGGUUGCAGUUUUGGUGUCACCCGUGGCAGUGCUGACCCCGUGCAGGGGCUGCUUGGGCAGUGUCCCUCCUGCUCUACUCCCUGUGUCACCCCUGUCCCCCAGUGCUGCUCCUUCCCACCCUGUCAGCAUGCACUUCUGGGCAAAGAAGAUUCCUAAGGAAUGAUCUAUUAACUAUAAUAUGGUUAUAGUUACAUAUCUAUAAAUAUAUAUAUAAAGGUUAUAGUUAUAUAUAAUAGAAGGUGUGUGUCUAGCUGCAGAGGGACAGGACUCUUGCUCCCCUGGCACGGGGCAGGGUGGGAGCAUCCUGGCUCCUUCCCAUGGCUUGCAGGGACAGCAGUGUCCCAGUGCCACCCCCAUGUCCCCCCAGCACAGGUCAGCCCCCCCAGAGCCCCAGCCUGGGUGUGUUUGUGGUUUCUCUUUCUUGCAGUAGAAUUUAACUCUCCCUCCCACACACUGCUGGGGUUGCUCUUCACAAGUGUGCAGCUGCCAGCAAAUCCCUGAAGUGCCCACGAGUGAUCACCCUGACUGCAAAUCACUCCCCCUGCCCCCCCCCCAGUGUGUCCCACCACCCCCCCAGAGCAGGGACUUUCUCUGCAGUGACCACUCCCCCCUUGCUUUGCACCAUGGAUGUAAGUGCCACCACCAUCGAUUUUAUAUGUACAAUAAUUUCCCUUUUAUAUGUCAGGUAAAUAUUUGUAAGAGUUCCACUCACACAAAUGAGAUUAUUAUGAUGAUGAUGAUUACUAAUAUAUUUUUUUCCAUGUUUCAUUGCUCAAAUAAAAACUGUGUUUAUCAC